GCUGUCGUUACGAUAAUACUCAAAUUCAUUUCUACACAAGCUUGGAAAUGUGAAUUAUUGGCUAUAGGAGUGGUUCUCAAGCGCUCAGGCCCACUAUGCCGUCCCUACUAUGCGCCUAAAUAAAGUAUCUGAGCUGGUUAGGCAGAAUCGAGCACAGAUGAAGGCCAUCGAUUCUGUAGUUCAACUUUACUUUAACUUCAUUAUUUUUCAUUAUAUUUUGUCUUUGUGUCAUUAAUUUAGCUCAAGUCCCACUGUACAUUGCUGAGAAUAUCCAAGAUGACCUCUUAUAUUCGUGAACAGGAGCCCCGAGCUUGAACUUACAUGGAAAGCGAGCAUCUUGCCUGGCAGAUCGAAAAUCGGAUCCAGCCUGGUGCUCCGGAAAAGAAAAUCACUGGGACGUGGAAUACUAUCUUGUCCAUGUUCUUUCCUCCGACACAGGGUUAUAUGUCGAAUUUCAACAGGACUAGAGCGGAUGGACCAUUGGAUGUCUUUAUCGAGCACAUAGAAACCCACGCACCUCAACCCCGGCCAUUCAAGUUUCUAUAUGUUCAAUGCACAGCGUCAGGGAACGAGGAUAUUGAUGAAGUCUGGGAGGAAAAACUACUUAUCUUGAGUGACCAACUUCGCCAGUUCAAUAGCAAGCGGGUUUUCGGGGCUAUUGCGGUAGGAAGAGCUGUGAAAUUCUACGAGUGGAAUUCAGAGAUGGGAAAGGCUGUCAGUUUGGAGCAAAAUCCCAGCCCUUUGUUCAUUGAUCGUCAUUGCCAGACAGUGGCCCGGCAUUUAGAGUACAUUCGCAAUCAUCACUUCUAA